AUGGGCACGGCGCCGCCUUUCAUGUAUAGCGCCGAGAGGCGCGAUUCGCGAUUCCCCGACGUGCCCUUCGAUCCAAAAGUCGUUACUCGGGCUAGCUGGGAGCCCAAGACCAGGAAGGCUCAACCGCGCGGGCCCUUGAUCUCUUUGAAUCGGCACCCAGACUCACACUCAGUCGUUCCGCACCUGUCCAAACAGCCCUUGCCUCUGGGGCCUCGCGCCAAGAAAUGGAUCAAGAGACUGCGCCGUUUGCAGCUCGGGCUGCGAGUACUGCAGCUCAAUGGCGCCUUGGGCACCCUGACUCUGAUGAUUCUCAUCGUCAACAUUGAAGCCGUCACGGCCUGGACCCUGAGGAUUGCUCCCGCCAUCUCCAUCAUUCACACGCUCUACGCCACCUACCACCUCUCGCGCGGCGCUGCCAGUCGCACGCCUGCUUCCUCAGCCGCCUAUCACGUUUUCUCAUUCGUGGCAGACCUGGGCAUUGUAGGCAUUUAUGCCUUUGGGGCUUUCUCCGUGCACCAGAAGGCAGGCUCCUGGGCCACCCGGUUGACCAACCAACAUCUCAUGCAUGGUUUCGUCCCGGCUGCCUACUAUCUCCUGAUCGGCACUGGUGCCUUGCAUCUGGUCUCCCUGGCCAUCUCAUUGUGGCUCGGCCUCAUGUUCCGGACCAUCAGCCUCAUGCCGCCCGAUAUGAACCCUCUCGAGGACCACUUGACUGCGCGACCAUCCCGCAAGAGAAACAAGUCAUCCAUCACGACAACUAGCUGUCCCUGGAUUCGCAGCGAGAGCACUCACUCGCUCUGCCGGCCUGCCAACGGCUAUGCCUUUCCGUCGCGCCUCCCAGUGUGGAUCGUACACAGCCAGGUUCGCAUCGCAAAAUUCACCGAGACUUGGCUGCCCACAGACUCGCUCAUCUCAAGGACCAACCAUCGGACUCGCAACACAAUGGUUGAGACGGACAUGGGCCAGGUACGCGUAAGCCAGCUCUACUCGGCCUUGCCACAAGAGUACAACCUUGAUGAUUCGUCCGAGACGGAGGAGAAUGGCGAGUGGGAACCAUCGACUGAGCUGUCAUUGGGCAAGCUGCAUCCUAACCCGCUCCGAUCGCACCCAGCAUUGCGCCCGCGAGGCGUCCCUACGACUGGCAAAGCGUACCUGACCGACUCCCAGAGUGCCAUGGAGCUGCCGGGGCGAAUCCCCUUAUCCGACAUGAGCGGCAACCAAAAGCAACCUAGCUUGAGCCAAGACAUCGCAGAUCAGCUGCAUGGGCGACCAGGAUCGUGGCAGCUACACCGAACAAGUUCUAUCCAGGCAGAGGACAACUUCUGUUUGAAAUCACCCGGCGAGCUCGUGUGCGCGACCCCUCCGCUCAUGAUCGGGGGCAACCGAAAGAUUUCGUCCGGCAAUGAUUAUGGAUUCGAAUACUCUUCCAUGGCUUACGGGCGACGAAACGUUAGUGGGAAACAGGUCGAGGAAGGGCGAGCAGGCACUCGCGUUCCAUUGCGAAGCUGCGCCAUCUAA